AUGGAGAGGUGGCAGCCUCGCCAUGGAAGGAGGGGGAGAGGAAGAGGAAGCUAUUCAUCUUCAUCUUUUUCCCAAUCAAACGACUCUGGACCUUCAAAGACUUCAAAUCAUGUUAGAAAAACAACAACAAAUCUUAGCAAUUCUGUGAUCAACAACAAACAAGACCAUAAUGAUGCUGAAAUCCUCCCAAACUUAAUUGGAACUUGCCCUUUCAUGUGCCCAAUUGAAGAAAGGACACAACGUGAGAGACUAAGAGAUUUAGCCAUAUUUGAAAGAUUAAACGGAAACCCAUCUAAGUCAUCUUCUACACUUGCUGUUAAAAAGUUCUGCAGAACAAUCUCCUCAAAAGAUCUUCGUGAUAUGGAUUUACGCCCCCUUCAAGUAUUAGAAGACACCUUAAAUUACCUUCUAACCAUUUUUGAAUCCAAAGAACACCCUUUUGAAGCUGUUCAUGACUUCAUAUUCGAUAGAACAAGAUCCAUUAGACAAGACCUGAGUAUGCAAAAUAUCAUAACAGGAGAUCAAGCUGUCAGCAUGUAUGAAAGAAUUGUAAAGUUUCAUAUCAUCUCUCAUUACAAGCUUCGAAUAAAUGCUACUGCAAAUUCAAACGUCUCCCCAAUGCAUCACCUCAACAUGGAACAACUCACAAAGACUUUGGCAUCUUUAUAUCACAUAUAUGACACAAAUCAUAAAUCUGGUAACACUUAUGAAACUGAAGGUGAAUUUUAUUCAUUUUAUGUGCUUCUGCAUCUUGGUUCUGAUCAUCAACCAACAGGAGAGUCAUUAUCUUUAUGGUUCAGAAGUCUUCCUUAUUCCAUUAUUAAUUCAAAGGAAAUGAUGUUUUCACGAAGGCUUUUGAGCCUGUUUGAAUCAUGGAGGUUACAAGCUAAAUCCUUAUCCACUUGUGGACAUAUGUAA